GUUGAGGACUUUGUUUUGACGCGAUUGGCAAACGAAGAUGGAUUCGAGUCUUCAGUGAGUUUUCGAGUAGGAAAUUUAUCUGAACAAAAUUGUGAAGAACUUUUAUAUCUUUUAAUCUAGAAAAAAAUGUCAUUACAAACAAUACCGAAAAAUCUCAGGAACCUUAGAGCUUGCUUGCUGUGCUCAUUGGUUAAGACAAUUGAACAGUUUGAAUUUGAUGGCUGUGAUAACUGUGAGGAAUAUCUACACAUGAAAAACAACCGUGACAUUGUCUAUGACUGCACGAGUUCAAACUUUGAUGGAUUAAUUGGGCUCAUGAGUCCAGAAGACAGUUGGGUAGCGAAGUGGCAGAAAACAGAGCGUAUGGUGAAAGGAUGCUAUGCCGUCUCAGUAACAGGACGUCUACCGCCUGGUGUGGUUCGAGAUUUACGCAGCAAAGGCAUCGAAUAUAGACAACGUGACACAAGUCAAAAGUCAUGAAGUUCAUUUGAUUUUCAUGAACUGUAUUCAUUUUCAGAAUUCUUCCAUUAUAGCCAUUUAUGUCACACUAAUUGUUCAUUUUGUACAAUAGAUAUUUUGUGUUAGCCUUUCGUAUUUUAUGGCUCUAAAAAUUUGAGGUGCUGUUGACUGAAAAUUAAAGUGGCUGAAGUCAAAUCAUAAAAAA